CCGUCACCACCAGCGACGACGGGGUGUUUUUUUAAAAUGGGCGUCCGGCGGCAGCCGCCGUCAUCGCGGGGGAUAUGAGCGCCGCCGUCUUCUUCGGCUGCACCUUCAUCGCCUUCGGGCCGGCCUCGGCUCUGCUGCUCAUCACCGUGUUCGGGGACCCGCUGCGCGUCAUCAUUCUGGUGGCCGGGUCGUUUUUCUGGCUGGUGUCUCUACUGCUCUCCUCCCUGCUCUGGUUCAUCGCUGUUCAGCUCAGCAACAAGGAAAACCGCAAUGUGCAGCGGGGGCUGCUCAUCAUGGGAGCGGGGAUCUCCGUCCUGUUCCAGGAGGCCUUCCGCUUCGCCUACUACAAACUGCUCAAGAGAGCGGACCAAGGGUUGGUGGCCAUAAGUGAGGAUGGACAAUCACCCAUCUCCAUCGGACAGAUGGCCUACGUCUCGGGCCUGGCGUUUGGAGUCAUCAGCGGUGCCUUCUCCGUCAUCAACGUCCUGUCCGACUCGCUGGGGCCCGGCGUGGUAGGGAUUCAUGGUGGCUCCCCCUACUUCUUCCUCACCUCUGCCUUCUUCACCAUGGCUCUGGUUCUCCUGCACACGUUCUGGGGCGUUGUGUUCUUCGACGCUUGCGAGAAGCGCAACUGGCUGGUCCUGGCCGUUGUCCGUCUCCAGCCAGUCCUACCUCCGGACUGACGUUCUUGAAUCCCUGGUACGUCGGAAGCCUCGUCCCAAUUUACGGCCUAGUGGUUGCCAUGGGAACGUGGGCCUACUGCACGGCUGGUGGGUCGGCGCACAAUAUCUGGCGUUGCUUCACAUGCCCAAAGAAACCCGACCCUCAUGUCCUGAUCUACUCCACUCUCCGAAACCCAGCUGAAGACUGACGACCGAGGACCAGACCCCGGUACGCACCUUUCCUGCCCCCCACCCCCCCCCUCGCUACACCCCACCCUCCAUCCCUCCCCGGCUCGGACACUGCUGCCCACCGGUACGAGACGCCAACUGGUCAUCGGCAGCGGCCAUUUUGAAGGGAGGACCCAACGAGAGGCGGCCCUCUCCCCGCCCGAUCGGACCAUCGGCCAGAUUCCAUUUUGACGACCGGACUUUUGUUUUGGUUUGAACUCGACGGCGGAACGGCAGCCGAUUGAAUUUCAUCGCCGUAACGAUUUUUCCCGCGAGACGGGUGGACCCUGCCCGCUGGUUGUUGGA